ACCAAGCAAGAAACCGUCGCGCCGGUGACCGUACCUCCACCGCACAGAAAACAAAAAACGAUCAGAUCAAACCCCCAUGUGCCCCAAUUCGCUCCCUCUCCCAAGGAAAAAAGGAAAACCGCUGCAGAUUCCGGGAACCCGCUGCGCGGACCAAUCCGAUUAUCCACACCCCCGGGGGAGCACUGAUCUCCUCAUCAGGAACAAAACCUAUCACCUCCCCUAAACGAUCUUUGCGGCGCCAAGCGGGUGCCGCAGCCUAUAUAAAGCGCGGGCAAGCCUCCCCCACCUCAUCUCACUCCAGAGUCCAGACUUCCAGAGCCAGCCAGCCGCUUAAUUUGAUUUGCACAACCAGCGGCUUAAUUUGAUUAAGCGAUCGAUCUCGGUUGGAGUUCUUGGAGCGCGCGUCGUGGGCCCACGUACGUUCAUGGACGGCAAGCUUGGCGUGCACCACCACAGCGGCAUCUCCAAGCCGCCGGUGCACCACCACCACGGCGGCAAGAGGGGCGCCGGGAGGCGCGGCGGCGGCGGCGGCGGAGGGGGGAGUAAGCAGGGGAUCAAGGUGGUGUACAUCUCCAGCCCCGUGAAGCUCACCGCCAGCGCCGAGGAGUUCCGUGCCGUCGUGCAGGAGCUCACCGGCCGCGACUCCAACGUCGCCGACCGCGACCUCGCCGGCGCCUACUACGCGGGCGCGCCGUCGUCGUCGUCCUCCUCCUCCUCCUCGUCCUACGCAUCGUUCGGGCGCGUGUCCCCGACGGGGGCCGGCGCGGCAGGCGGCGCCGCACGCGCUCUGUCGCCGACGAUGGCCACGGGGGCGAGCGUCGGCGCGGGACGGGCGGCCGAGUACGGCGCCGCGAUGGCCGCGCCGCCGCCGUUCCAGGGCAUGUACGAUCAAACUGCCGGGAGCUUGCUUUACGGCCUGGACUACUGGUAGGGACGAACGGGAUUUAAUUUAUUACUCCCCCUUUGCGAUCGAUUCCCCAAGCAAUCCCCAUGCCAUACCCUAUGAACAUAUCUCGAGCACGCGCCCGUAUAUAUAGCGUGUAUUUCCAUUAGCAGGCUUCAGCGUGCGUGCGUGCAUGCUUCUUGUUCUUGGGUUGCAUCGAUUGAUCGAUCGAUCAUCUUGUACUGGGUAUAUAUAUGAGCACUAUGUCAAUAGCAGCUAGAUGUAUCUAUACGUAUUUUGCCUUUUCAAAUUGGAUUUUAAUUUCUUUGCUCUCCAAUAUAAUCUGGCCUCAUGGA